GAUCUGUGAUUACAACGAGUGUUACAAACGAUGCAAAAGUCAAACACAGAUUGACGUCAUUUAUGAUUACAAUAAUUUCGGCAAAACAUGAAUCCACAGAACGUUACUCCCGAUGACUCUCUUCUGGUUCAGUACUUCCAGUCCGUGGACACCGACCGAUCCGGGAUUAUCAAUGCAUUGGAACUGCAGAAGGCUCUGUCCAACGGAUCAUUUGAAGCGUUUGAUUUGCAAACUAUCCAUUUAAUGAUUGCAAUGUUUGAUAAGACAAAGUCUCGAAGUAUAGAUUUGGACGCAUUUCGCAAUUUAUGGCAAUACAUAACUAAUUGGUUGAAUUGUUUUCAGUCUUACGAUUUGGACAAAUCUGGUCAAAUUGAUGUCCGCGAACUGAAACACGCGCUCACAUCGUUUGGUUACCGAUUUAGUGACCAGUUUUACGAGAAACUGAUGACUCGAUUCGAACAAAUCAUACAUUUCGACGACUUUAUUAAGAUUUGCAUUCAUUUGCAGUCUUUGACGGAUGAGUUUCGCCGAUUGGACACAGAUUUAGACGGAAUGGUUACUCUUUCUUAUGAAAACUUUGUUUCUCUUGUUUUUAAUUCAGUUCUCAGUAAAUGAAAUGCUUUUGUAAUAAAGUCUCGCUUUUCUAACAAUUUUCUAACAUUUAAUUCAAAACUCAUUAAACAAAUCCUUAAAGU